AUGGUAGUGGCUUUAAUACAAUGCGUGAUCGCUGGUCAACCAGGAAGCUCGUUCGAGGUUGAGAUCGACGAUGCUGCGAAGGUUAGCAAGUUCAAGGACGCGAUUAAGGCGAAGAAGCCGAACGAACUCAAAGAUGUCGAUCCAGACAAGCUGCAGAUUUUUCUUGCGAAGCAGCCCCUUGAAGAGGAGGGCGGCAAAGAGGUCGUCCCUGUUUACCGCCCUUCUGCGAAGGAGAUGAAGGAAAGGCUCAAGUGGCUCCCAGACGAACAUCGGGCUGCUCUGAAGCUGGCAAAAGGAGAAUCCGACGACUACAUCAAUGCGCUGAUGGCCGAAGAACAGAUUCUGGGCUCAAAGACCUUAGCAACGUGGUUCUACACGAAGAACAACAUGGAGCUUCCAUCCAGUGAGCAAAUUCACAUGCUGGUGAAGGUGCCGGAGGGGGCUGGCGGCGAUCAGGAACUCGUAAGUCUUCUCUCAAUGAGUAUCCAAGAAGAGAAUGCUCGAAUGUUCAAUAAAGUGGCAGAAGAAAAUCGCGAAAAAAAUCGCGAACGAGAUCGUAAGCGAGCAGAAGAAAAUCGCGAAGAAAAUCGCGAACGAGAUCGUAAGCGUGCAGAAGAAAAUCGCGAACGAGAUCGUAAGCGUGCAGAAGAAAAUCGCGAACGAGAUCGUAAGCGUGCAGAAGAAAAUCGCGAACGAGAUCGUAAGCAAGCGAAAGAAUUUCGCAGGCUAGCGGAAGAAACUCGCAAGCUAGCGGAAGAAAAUCGCGAACGAGAUCGUAAGCGAGCGGAAGAAACUCGCAAGCUAGCGGAAGAAAUCCGCAAGCUUGCGGAAGAAAAACGCGAACUAGAUCGUAAGCGAGCGCAAGAAAUUCGUCAACAAUUCGAGAAAUUUUGUAACCCCGCGACGCCGACUAUAACCGAUGCACAAUUGGGCUACGAGCAUUUGAAUCUAUUGCAGCUGAAAGGACUCGUCUCGAGUGCAGAAGAAACAGUCGGAGCAGAUGCAUUUUGGUCUGUGGAAGUCCAAGCCCGAGUCAACAGCAUUUCGAGGGAAAAUGAUUUUGAUGCUUUCAUUACUCCUUACUUCAGCAAUGCGCUGGACAGCCACGACCUUGUAUUCGUCAACAGCGAGCUUUAUAAAUGGUUGCCGCAGUCUAUUAAUAUGUUUGGCAACAGCAAUACUGACCUCAAUCCAGAUGGAUUUGUGACUCAUCGUGGGAUGUAUCACAAGGAGCCUGCACCAAAAGAUGAUGUCAGUCGAGUGGGUACCUCAUUUCGUUUUGGGACAGCAACUAAGGCACUGUUUGAUUGUCUCGUUCUCUUCGAGAGCAAGAUCACUAAUUAUUUGCGAGGGGCUCCAUUUGGCCAAGUCAUGCGAUACAUUCAGCACGUUUCCCCUAAGGGACCAGGAGGUGCCGUUCUCUUCAACCGCAAAUUGUUUUGGCUGAUCGAAAGCAUCAAUGGAGUUGUAGUGCGUGUUACCAAGGCGACGUGGGUCAUGGAGGGCUCGAAAGCGUUGUUUCGUGACUUUAUUACCCAGAACUUAUCACCGUGGGUGACGCGUUUGACUGCUGCCUGCUCUACGUUAAACGUUGAGGUGGUGGAGGGUGAUGCAUUUCUCGGGCGUGGUGCAUUCGGACGCGUUUUCAAGGUAAAACGAGUAGGUCAAGAUGGGGAUGUGUUGGCCUUGAAGAUCGUGGAAAAGAUCUCGAUUAGACGUCUUUUUCAAGAAUACGAAGCGUUAGUUCGUGCCCAGGACACUGGUCUGGUGAUUCGACCCGUGGGGAGGCUACAGAGCUUUCUGGUGGCGCGGCGAUGUUGCUGUCUCCUGUCGGGAAGCCUAUAUCGUAUCCAACUACAAGUCAGGAGGCGCGAGUCCUUUUUGACAUGCUAUGGCAGCUCCUCUGCUGGCGUGGCCCACGGAGAUCCUCGCGUGCCGAAUAUGAUUGUCAAGGAUGAACAGCGUUUGUGGAUUGAUCUUUAUGAAUUGUGGGACGCGUCCCCCUCUCACAUGCAAAAUGACGCGAAGAUCCUCACAAAGUCCAUUCUUCACGUUUCCUGGAAGGAUUUGCUGGACUCGGAGCUGGAGUCGCUUAUCAACAAUUACGGUACAAUUCCUCCUAUACAAGCAAAUCUCAAUCUUCUGGCCGACAAAGUCGGUGAAAAGCUGGAGAAGGUUCCAAGAUUGGAUGGCUAA